AUGUUAGCGGGUGGGAGGUGCGGCCCGGUUGCUACAGCCGGAGCUGGGCGGUGGCGGCGGCGGCAGCGGCGGCGGAGGCGGUGGCGGCUGCUGCGGGUGCUGCCGGAGGAGUCUCGCGGAACCCGAGGCGGUGGCGCCAUGGAGGGACUGGAAGAAAAUGGAAGUGUCCAAGUUGGAGAAUUGUUACCGUGCAAGAUUUGUGGAAGAACAUUCUUUCCAGUGGCAUUAAAAAAACAUGGACCCAUUUGCCAGAAAACUGCCACUAAAAAACGGAAGACUUUUGAUUCAAGCAGACAAAGAGCUGAAGGAACUGAUAUUCCAACAGUAAAGCCUCUUAAGCCUAGGCCUGAACCACCAAAGAAACCAUCUAAUUGGAGAAGAAAACACGAAGAAUUCAUUGCCACCAUAAGAGCAGCUAAAGGCCUUGAUCAGGCACUUAAAGAGGGUGGAAAACUUCCUCCUCCUCCUCCACCUUCUUAUGAUCCUGAUUAUAUUCAGUGCCCAUAUUGCCAGAGGAGAUUUAAUGAAAAUGCCGCUGAUAGACAUAUUAAUUUCUGUAAAGAACAAGCAGCACGUAUUAGUAAUAAAGGCAAAUUUUCUACUGAUACCAAAGGAAAGGCGACUUCUCGGACACAGUAUAAGCCGCCUGCACUUAAAAAGUCAAGUUCUCCUGGAACUGUAUCACCAGGAUCUUCACGAUUACCACAGCCAAGUGGCACUAGCAAAACUGUUGUAGGUGUGCCUUCAGGUAAAGUGCCCUCAGUUAGCAGCUCUUUGGGAAACAAACUUCAGACCUUAUCUCCAUCCCAUAAAGGGAUAGCAGCUCCUCAUGUAGGAACUAACAUCAAACCUCGAAAUUCCACACCACCUAGUUUGGCACGAAAUCCCGCCUCAGGUGUACUUACAAACAAAAGAAAAACAUAUACUGAGAGCUACAUAGCCAGGCCAGAUGGAGACUGUAUAUCUUCACUUAAUGGCGGAAACAUUAAAGGCAUGGAAGGAAAUUCAACAGGACACUUACCAAAAUUCUGCCACGAGUGUGGGACUAAAUAUCCUGUAGAAUGGGCAAAGUUCUGUUGUGAAUGUGGCAUUCGAAGAAUGGUUCUGUGAACAGAGUCCCCCCAAAAAGCUAAGUCUAGAAAUUUAUGACUGUGCUGCUUGGACAGCUAAGCACUUCCUCUAGUGAUUUUAUGCUAAAAUUAUUCAAAAUACUUUUUUCAGCGAAUUUUGGAGCAUAAUCUUUGGCUGUGUUAAUGUGUAUGUGUAAUAUAUAUGUGUACAUAUACUGUAUAUAAUAAAUACCUGAUACCCCAAACUGUGCCAUUCAAGGAAAUAUUCACUCACCUGUCAAAGUAAUUUCAAGUAGAAUCAUUAGCUUAGAUAUUACUUUUCUGCUAUUUUGUUAAAGUACAUUAAACAUACCUACACAAAGUCAAACACUAAUGCUCAGCCCUUCAAGCUUUAGGAAUGAUCUUUACUUUGAGCGAAAAAAAAAAAUCAGAACAAACAUAUUUAUUAUCAGUGCCUAUUUUCAGAAAAUAUCAUAGGAUGGGAUGCUUGAAAUUUGGAAAUGAAGAGAAUAUUUUUAGUUACAAUUAGUUAUGUGAGGUCAUUUUGCUGUAGAGCUUGUCAACAAUUAAUUUUAUAAAUAUAAAAAAAGAAAAACCCCACAGGUCUAUGUGGUCCUUUACUCGGUAUAUCAUUAAUAUUAUAAUUUAAAGAUCUUUAUUCAUUCUUUAAAAUGUAAUUAUGCAGUUUCCUUUUCAGAGACACAAGACUGAAAAAUAAAAAUGUGUCUUAUUCUAGUCAUAACUGAAUGAAUUUUUCACCUCUUUGUUAGUUGAAUGUAUAUUCUAUUUCCAAUUGUAUCUCUGUAUUUCACUUUUUUUUCAUAACUUCAUGUCUAAAAAAGAGUUUUAUUUUACUACUUUUUUAUUUGCGAAGUUUGAAAAUAAUUAAUAUACGAUGCACAAAUUCCUUGCAAAAUUUUACAUGUUUAUUUCUGUGUCUGUAAUUAGAAGAAAUUAUUUUUAAUAGAUUUAAAACCACCUCACCUAAUAAAUAUUUUGGAUAAUCAUUAGCAAUUUUUUAAUUUAAUUUCUCUUCAAGUAUAGUUAGAUGUAGUUAUGAGUAGGUCAAGAGAAUAUCUAAUUUUCCUACUUACAUUUUCUUUUUGGUGUUUAAUGCUGAAACAGCAUUCACAUCACAGUAAAAAACCCCACUGAAAAUGCAUUGCUUUAAUGCAUAGCUGACUUAUGUAAUUAAACAUUCACAAAAAUUUAAUUAUACUUUAAUUUUGGCUAAAAUAUAGCUUUUAAUCAUUGUCACUUUCAAUGUAACAGCAUUUAGUGGAUUUCUUUGAUUGCCUAUGCAGCCAAAUUCUGUAAUUUAUUAGUAAUUUCUGUUGAAGGGAAAGAAAAGUGCUUUGAUCAUAUUAUAAAGGUAUAAGCAAAUCUUUUAUAGGCAAUUUACAGCUUGUUUAUGAUUGUGAUCAACUGUAAGGGUUAAUGUAGAAAUUUGUAGCUUAUAAUUUUCUCGGAAAUUUAUUUAUGCUCAUACUUUAUAAUUCAUUAAUUUUUUGGUUUUUGGUUUUUUUUUUCAUUUGCGAAUUAUAUGUAAACUUUGAGAUAAUAGGAAUUGUCAUUUUAUUUACCUUAUGAUUUCUUUCCUGACCUUCUGUUAACUUUUUUUUCUGGUUGUCUUUAUUCAAUGAUAUUAAUCUAAAGAAAAGUCCACUUAUUAGGAUAAGCUGUAUAAAUUUAGGAGAAUAAUGUACAUAUUAAAUUUUCAUUUCUGUAAUAUGUUAUUCUGUCUUGUUAUAAAUCAUAGGAAGAACUUUAAACUUUGUUUCACCUGGAACUGAGCACUAUAUUUUUUUUUGCUUUUUUUUAAGACCACAUAAUUUUUUGCCCAAGGAGGGGUAGGUAAAUUGAACUUAAACAAAGUGGCACAUGUUUGUUUCUCACCGAAUUUUGCAGUAGCGAAUAAAUGUUACAAUGUACUAUUUGGAAGAUGAGUUGGUAAAACAAAAAAUCAUCCAACUCUAGAACGCAGAGAUUAUUAUAAACAGUAAGUUGGUGACGUACACUUAUGAAUUAUGAAACAUGUUGUGACAAUGUAUUUAAAUGCAUUUUUAUAUUACUUACAUAUAUUACUCUCAUUGAUUUGUUGUGCAAUAGUUCAGUUUCUAAGAAAUUUUCCUAUAUCUAUACAUCAUUUAGUUUAUUUUUAUUUAUUUUCACAAGUAUUUGCCAGUGUGGUAGAAUAAAAAGUGAUUGUAAGCUUAAAUUUAAAAUGUAAAAAUUGCUUAUAUAUUAUUCUGAAAGUCAUUAGCUUGAAAAAGUAAAAUCAUUAUGGUUGCUGUUGUCUCUUGUUCACUGUUUUUUAUUACAAUAUUGUGUUCAUUUUUGAACCUAUUCAAUAAAGAUGAAGCAAAAAGAA